AUGGGAGAGAUGGAGGUCAUUGAGUUGGAUCAUGACUUCUAUAUCAUUCAAUUUAGCAACAUGGCUGACUAUGCUCAUAUUUUCAAUGGGGGGCCAUGGGUUAUCAUGGGCCACUAUUUGAUCAUUCAACAAUGGCAACCAGGUUUCUUUCCUGAAGAGGGCGUCCCGGGGAAGGUAGCGGUGUGGGUUCGCAUCCCAAAAUUCCCGGUGGAGAUGUAUGGCAAGCGCUUCCUGUGGCGCAUCGGUAACCACCUUGGACAAAUGAUACGCAUUGACGAACACACAUUGAAAAUUGCUAAGGAUGGUGGCCAAUCUACAGUGGGUAAUGAGAGGUGCAAGUUUGCCAGGAUCUGUGUCGAGGUUGACCUGCGAAAGGCUCUGGUAGCGAAGUUCAACAUGAAUGAUCAAGUGUAUAAGGUUGAAUACGAAGGCUUAAAUCUCAUAUGUUUCCAUUGCGGCAGGUUUGGUCAUCGUCACGAAAUUUUCCCUCUCUCUACUUUGCCCCAAGGAGUGGAGGCUGCUCAGGGGGAGAGGCCGGUGGCCCAAUCUCAAGCCCCGGCGGCGGCGGCGGAGGAUUCACAAUCCUUUGGAGAUUGGAUGAUUGUCAAGAGAGAGAAACGGAAAGGAGGUGUCAUGGCGAAAUCUAAGGGAGGUGGAGUUAAUGCUCAAGCGGUUCCUUAUUUGAAUACCAAUUAUAAUAAAAAAGGUGGGUCCAGGUUUAAUGCCUUGCAUAAUCACGGGGAGACUAGUAAUGAAGCAGGGGCGGGAUCUUUGGAGGAAAAUGUGGAAAUUAUAGCCAUUAAUGAUGAUGCCAUAAAGGGAGCGGAUCCUAAGGCAUAUCAUGGGCUAUUUUUUGAAAAAACUAUGCCAAUCAUUGCCAAUAAUGAGCGGUCAUCUCAAAAUAAGGGGAAUAUUCCCUCAGCUGCGGGCCCGGAGGUUAAUGCUGCUAUUCCUUCAAACGUGGACCAGGUUGUUGUUAAUCCAAACCUAACUGCUGAGGCACGUGGGGAUAGUAGUAAGGUGGCGGCUGGGGUAAACCAUAAUAACACACGACCCAUCCAUCAUGCUGCUGCUAGAGGAGCUGGAGCUAAGGGUUUUCCCUUGCUGUUAAAGGAUUUGAUAAGAAGACAUUCUAUCUCUUGUAUUGCUUUGUUUGAAACAAGAGUGAGUGGUGUUAGAGCUAGGAGUAUUAUUAGGAAACUUGAUUUUCAGGGUGUGCAUGUUGAGGAAGCAGUGGGUUUUUCUGGUGGUAUUUGGCUGCGGUGGGACACUAACGUAUUGACUAUUGAUGUUCUCUCUUCCCAUCGUCAAUUUGUCCAUACCAAGGUGUCCUUCCUAGAGGACCAUCAACAGGCUCUAGCAACCUUUGUUUAUGGGAGUCCUCAACCUUCUAUGCGUGAUUAUCUUUGGGAGAGCUUGGUUUCUAUUGUCUCUGCUCAGGAUAUUCCUUGGAUAGUCAUUGGUGACUUCAAUGCUUACCAAGAGGCUUCUGACAAAUUUGGAGGGGCAGGUUUGAACCUUCAUUCUAUGCAGCGAUUUAACUCUUGCUUGCUUUCUUGUGGCCUCUCUGAUAUGGGCUUUAAAGGCCCACCGUUUACUUGGGAAGGUAGGGGCGUGAAAGAGCGGAUUGAUCGUGGCGUUUGUAAUCCUCAAUGGGUGCACACUUUCCCUGAAUCGGUUGUUCUCCACCUCCCUCAGUUAAAGUCCGAUCACAAGCCUCUUCUUCUCGCUGUUUCAGGCAUUGUUGAGCAUCGGGCCUUCUCUCGUCCUUUCCGCUUCCAGGCGGGAUGGCUUACUCAUGAUGACUUUCCUAGGUUAAUGAACACUUCCUGGGAUCCAGCUGGUGGUUGGUUAGAGAAUGCUUCGAAUUUCAGGGAUGCAACUACUACUUGGAAUGAUGAUGUUUUUGGCCAGAUUUUUCACAGGAAGCGUCGCCUCAUGAAGCGCUUGGAAGGAAUAAACAAUCGGUUGAGUAUGACCUUUGAUCGGGGUCUGGAAAAAUUGCAAAAAACUCUUUGGCAGGAAUAUAAUACGGUUCUCCUUCAGGAGGAAUUGUUUUGUGCCCAGAAGUCGAGAUUCCUUUGGUUCAAAUUUGGCGAUAGGAAUUCUAAGUUUUUCCACACCGCCACAUUAAUUCGCCGGAAAAGAAACAAAAUUGAAGCCCUCAUAGACGAUGAUGGUAAUUUACUAACCGAUUUUGAUGAUUUGCAGGUCUUUACUGUUAACUUCUUCAGACGGAGCUAUAUGGAUGAUGGUGGCGGCUCAUCCCUGGCCACAUCUUCCACGUUUCCUUCCAUGGCAGCAGGCAAGUUGGCUUUAGUUCAAUCGACUAUUCUUGCGGCUGAGGUUAAAGAUGCCAUUUUUAGUAUGGGUCCGUUGAAGGCCCCGGGCCCUGAUGGUCUCCAGGCGGCCUUUUUCCAGUCCCAAUGGGCUCAAGUGGGGGAUUCUGUGACUAGUUUCGUUCUGAAAUGCUUUGAGGAUCCAUCACUUGUCAGCAAAGUUAAUGAUACUCUUCUAGUCCUGAUCCCUAAAGUUGAUGCCCCUGAUCGGAUCUCUCAGUUUAGACCUAUAUCUUUGUGUAAUGUGAUUUAUAAAACAGUCACUAAGAUCAUCACUAAUAGAUUGAGAAGGAUCAUGGGUGAGCUUGUGGCACCUAAUCAGUGUAGCUUUGUACCAGGGAGACAUAGUUCUGAUAACAUUGUUAUUGCUCAGGAAGUGUUUCACUCCAUGCGCUUUCUGAAGCGGAGACUUGGGUGGCUAGCUAUCAAGGUUGACUUGGAAAAGGCCUAUGAUAGGCUUAAGUGGUCCUUUCUGUUGGAGACUCUUCAACUCAUUGGCCUGAAUGACCAUCUAUGCACUGUUAUUAUGAGUUGUGUUUCUUCUUACAGAUUCCAGGUAUUGUUUAAUGGUGGGAGAUCUUCUUCUUUUAGCCCUCAACGAGGCUUGAGGCAAGGGGAUCCUCUGUCACCCUAUCUGUUUGUGCUUUGCAUGGAAAGAUUGGCCCAUAGUAUUGGGGAUGCAGUGAGCUCGGGAGCCUGGAAACCUAUCAAGCUUUCUCGCAAUGGACCGCCCAUCUCUCACCUCUUUUUUGCUGAUGAUCUCCUUCUCUUUGGUGAAGCUACAGUGGCUCAGAUGGAGUGUGUUAUGGGCUGCCUGAAUGGCUUCUGUUCAGCUUCAGGGAUGAAAGUUAGUAUCCCUAAAACUCGCUUGAUGGUGUCCAAGAAUGUUGGGGCGGUGGUGACUAAAGAGCUCUCUGACAUCUCCGCCAUUGGAUUGACCUCUGACUUAGGUCGUUAUCUUGGUGUUCCGCUAGCUCAUCAGCGGGUAAAGGCUUCUAGCUAUCAAUACAUUCUAGAUAGAACCCAGAAGCGUCUUUCCUCUUGGCGAUCUCAGAUGUUGAAUUUUGCUGGGCGAGUAACCCUUGCUAAGUCAGUCAUUCCUGCCCUCCCCACGUACAGUAUGCAAACAAGUCUCCUUCCUAAAGAGGUUUGUGGGAAGCUUGAGAAGAUUCAGAGAGACUUUAUUUGGGGUACUGGUGACAUGACUCAUGGAGCUCACUCUAUUGCUUGGCCCAAGCUUUGCUGCUCUAAGCAAGACGGUGGCCUAGGGCUCCGUCGUAUGUAUGAUUUUAAUAAGUCCCUUGUCAUGAAGUUGGGCUGGGGUUUAGUGUCCAAUCCGGAUGCGCUCUGGGCUCGAGUGUUGCGUGAUAAGUACUCUUGCGGAAGCGAUGCAAUUCCUACUGUCCAACGGAAGAGUAGUGAAUCUCACGUGUGGCGUGCAAUUAGGAGCACUUGGCCAGAUUUGGAAGGUAAUCUCCGCUGGAGAAUAGGUGAUGGUAACACAGUACGGUUUUGGUAUGAUAAAUGGGUGUUUUCUGGCACCGUGUUAAUCAAUCAUGCUUUGGUUGACAUCCCAGCAGCUGAGGCCGUGAGAACUGUUGCAGAUUACUAUGAUCACAUGCAAGGGAGAUGGAAAAUUUCUGAUCUCUCCUUUCUUCUCCCUGGAGUCGUGCUCGCGGAAGUCAUAGCUAUGCCUCCUCCAUCUCUUUCUAUUGGGUCUGACCAGGUUUGUUGGGGUCUCACGAGUGAUGGGCUGUUUUCCUCCCGUUCAGCUUAUGAGGCCUCUGGUGCGGCUAGGGUGCAUCACCAGCAGCUUGAUUGGAGGAAACUUUGGAGAUGGAAAGGACCCUACAAGAUCACCCACUUCCUCUGGCGGCUUGCGAAUGAUGGGUUAUGGGUUAACCAUAAGCGUUGGCAAUCGAGGAUGACAGGAAGCGCAUCUUGUCCUCUGUGUGGGGAUUGUGAUGAAACUGGGAUUCAUCUCUUCAGGGGCUGCCUUCAUGUUAAACCCCUCUGGUUGCAGGUGGCUGAUCAUGCUUGCUUUCCCAGGUUUUUUCACCUGAAUCUCCCCGAGUGGAUCCAUGGCUAUCUCGACGCCUCCUUUUGUACCCCGGGUGCUUCCGGGACUCUGGACUUUGGGUUCCUUCUCUGGGCUAUUUGGAAAGCUAGGGCUGAUGUAGUCUUCAAUGGCGCGGGCUUCAACCUUCGUCAGAUUGUGGAAUCAGCGGCGCGCUUUCAGGUUGAGCUUACGGCCAGCGAGAGUGAUGUUGAGCAGCUUCUUCGCCAAUCCGCAACGUCCCGUCCAUCGCCGGCAGCUACUGUGACUUGGCACCCUCCUUCUGAGCUUUGGUUUAAGUUUAACGUAGAUGGUUCUGUUUGUCAAGCUACUAGUGCAGCGGGGUGUGGAGGAGUCUGUAGAGACUCGAAUGGCCAGUGGGUCUUCGGUUUCAGCAGGAAUUUGGGGCUUUCAAAUGUGUUUUGGAGUGAAUUAUGGGGGAUUUUCACUGCUCUUCAUAUGUCUUUGGCUCGUGGUCUUGGGAAGGUGAUUGUUGAGAGUGACUCUCUCGCUGCAAUUACUCUAGUCAAUGGUGGCUGCGAGAGAACUCACCCAUAUGCGUCGCUAGUUUUACAAAUCCGGGAGUUGAUGCAGAAGGACUGGGAAGUUAUUUGUAGGCACACUCUGCGUGAGGCGAACCAGGUCGCUGACUGUUUAGCCAAUAUGGCUCACUCCUUGGCUCUAGGCCACCAUGUCUAUGAUGCCCCCCAUCCUCGUUGUAGGGAUUUGUUGUUCUUUGAUGUAAUGGGUGUUGCUUACCCGCGGCAGUUUCGCUCGUAG